AUGUAUCGUUUGUUGUUUCAUUGUACAGACGUUUUGUACGGUAUUUUUCCUGAGAAGCUACGAGAACGUAUACAGGGAAAUUUGGUUACAAUAGAAAAACUUAAUGAACAUGUUCGACAGGUUGAGCAGCAGAAUUCGAUAUUGGAAAUUAAUUCAAGAAAAUUACUGCAUAAAAUAGAAGAAUUGACGAAGAAACUGAGCGAAAAAGAAGAUGAAAUUGGAAUGUUUUAUGUACGGUUGAACAAUGAAACGGAUGCAUUCAAAAAAUGCAUUAUACAAAAACAAAGUGAAUUAGAUGAUGCUAAGAAAUAUUCUGAUCUUUUGGAGAAAGAAUUGCAUAAAUGGAAGAAGCAAAGUGAUGAAUAUUUAUUGGAGCGAGAAAAGAGACAAGAUCAUUGUCCAUCAAACGGUGGUCCUUUUAUGCUCACUAUACCAAAUCAUACGAUUCAGGUAGAGCUAGCUGAUGCUUUAGCUAAAUAUGAGCAGUCUAUGCGACAAAUUUCGAUACUUGAAGAGAAAAUUUCGACAAUGGAAGCCGAAAGUCAAUGUUUAGGGUCACUUCGACAUGAAUUGCAGACACUGAGGUCGCGUUAUGAAAAUUUGUUGGAAGCACACGGUGAAAAAAUUGAGCGAGUUGAAGAACUUGAGUUGGAUUUAGCUGACCUGAAGAAACUAUUAAAGGAUCAGAUGGAAUACUUCUUGGAGAAAAGCUGA